AAUGUCAAACAUGUGUGUACGUGUUUUUUUGUAGUGCUUGGUUAUGUAUAGAAAUAGAUUAAACAGUUUUGUUAUCAAUAUCAAUUUAAUAAAGCUCGUUAAAAUUUUAACUGAUAAGAAUGGAUUCAAUAGAGAAAGCUAUAUAUGGUCUCGCUUGUUUGUAUUAUAUAAUAAUACCGCUCGGGUACUUUGCCACAUUGUGGCUACCGGCAAGUGAAAUGACUGGGAAAGGAACCAUUCUUGUUACUGGAGGGGCUGGUUAUGUAGGAUCGCACACAGUUUUAGAAUUGUUGAACAACAAUUAUUCUGUUAUUGCACUUGAUAACUUGGUUAAUUGUUAUGCAGAGAAAAAUGACAAGCCUGAAUCAUUAAAACGUGUGGAGAAACUUACCGGUAAGCAGAUUAUAUUCUACAAUGUUGAUAUCCGAGAUAAGACUUCCCUGGAUAAAAUAUUUAAAGUGCACAGUAUCGAUUUUGUAAUUCAUUUUGCUGCUUUAAAAGCUGUAGGGGAGUCAGUUCAGAUUCCUCUUACCUACUAUCAAAAUAAUAUUGCUGGUUCUAGUACCCUUUUUGAGGUUAUGCAAAGCAAUGGUGUAAAAAAGAUUGUAUUUUCUUCAUCUGCAACUGUAUAUGGAAUACCUCAAUUUUUGCCAAUUACAGAAGAACAUCCUACUGGACAAGGAUGCACUAAUCCUUAUGGUAAAACAAAGUAUUUUGUUGAAGAGAUACUGAAGGAUGUUUGUGUAUCAGAUCAUGAGUGGAAAGUAAUUCUUUUGAGGUAUUUUAAUCCAGUUGGUGCACAUGAGUCUGGUGAAAUUGGUGAAGAUCCUUCAGGAAUUCCUAAUAAUUUAAUGCCAUAUAUAGCACAGGUUGCUGUGGGCCGACGAGAAAAGGUAUAUGUGUUUGGGAAUGAUUAUCCGACGCCAGAUGGCACGGGUGUUCGUGAUUAUAUUCACAUUACUGACUUAGCAAUUGGUCAUGUACAAGCUUUGACAAAAUUAAACGAUACAACGUUUUUCGGUUGGAAAGCAUUUAAUUUAGGUACAGGCAGAGGUUAUUCCGUUUUGGAUGUUAUAAAUGCCUUUAGCAAGGCAUCAGGAAAAAUUAUCAAGCAUGAGUUUGUAAAUAGAAGGGAAGGUGAUGUAGCUGCUAGUUUCGCGGAUGCCUCGUUGGCGAAAAUAGAGUUGAAUUGGACAGCCACGAGAGGCAUAGAUGAAAUGUGCAAGGAUACAUGGAAUUGGCAAUCGAAAAAUCCCAAUGGAUUUAAAAAGAAGUGAUAGUAAGCAAUCGUAUCAGCAUAAUAUUUCUUAGCGGGGUUAUAUUUGUACAUAUGGGUGGUCAGUUGAUACAUAAGGAGUAUUUCUAUUUGCAUUUUGUUAUUUAUUCCAAAAUAGCUAAUAGUCUGUAUACUUACAUGUAUAGACAUUUAGCUAAAGUCGCCAAAAGGGUGAUAUUAUUUGCAAGAAUAUUUUAUUUUUACAGUUUUGGACGCAAUGUUUGUUAAAUAAUGUUAAAAUUUGAAAUGAUUUUAUUACAAAUAACUAGAUAUUUUUUUUUAUUACAAUUACAACCUUUGUCACAAAAAAAACAUUUCUGGUCAGUGCCAGUAGAAGCUAUAAAAAAGUUUUACAUAUUUCCCAAGGCAUUUUUAACAACACCAAUGAGAUAUGAAGUGCCAUUUUUAUUUAUUCUGUUAAAAUCAAAUAGUCACUUCGUAAAUUAUUAACAUCUAAUGUGUUCGUGUAUAUUGUAUAUAUUAUAUACAUAUAUUUUUAU